AUGUCAACACAAGGAGUUUUUUUGUGGGAAGAAAGAAACAACCAAACUCUUGUGGCACUAUUUGGAGAGUUUUUACUGGAUAGAGUAUGCCAAAAUGGCAGAAUAUCGAAAAAAAAAACACAAGAUGAAUGUGAUAAUAUUGAGAAAGCAUUCAGAAGGAAUCCUCAAGAAACCUCUACUAUGUCAUUUGCUGAUAUUGAUAAUGUAAAACUUCACAAUAUGUUUGCCAUCUAG